ACGUGCUCACAUGCAGACCGUGCCAGCCUGCAGGCAAGAGCAGAUAGUAGGAGUUACUGGACUACGCGAGUGUGAAGACGCUUGGUUUCAACUUGGCUGUCGACUUAAUCCACCCCCUCGUUUGAUAUCAAGCUCUCAGGCCGCUGAAUCCAAACAUGUCCACAGUGCUGGAGCUGUCGUUCCGUCCAGACACUCAGCUGACGGAGGUCAUGCGCCUGCGGGUUCAGUCUCUGCAGCAGCGUGGACAGAAGAGGCAGGACGGUGAGCACCUGCUGCGUCCCAACGAGGCCGUGUACCGACUGGACUUCUCCAAACAGUCCCUCCGAUUUUCACAGUGGACGGUGCAGCUGCCGCAGCCCGGACGCAUCACCAUCACCGCCACCUCACAGCUCUGGACGCCGGACCUCACUCACCUGAUGACGCGUCAGCUGCUGGAGCCCGCCGGGGUUUUCUGGAAGUCAAAAGACGACACCAGCGACGCGCCCAUCCAGUGCUACGAGGCUGACGCGCACGAGUUUGGCGAGAGGGUCGCUGAACUGGCUAAGGUAAGGAAAGUGAUGUACUUCCUGUUUGCGUUUGCCGAAGGCUGCAGCCCCGAGACCGUUGACUGCUCCAUCACCUUCACAGUGGACAGCUGAGGAUCAGAAAACCUUGGUCAAACACUCGCCACAGACUCUUCUUCUGCGCUUGCUGUGCUGGUAAACUUUUAGUUGAAGAUGUAAAGUAGAUUUUUUUGUGUACAUGGCUCCCAACAAAAGACUGUAUCAGAAAAGAAAACCUUUCAGUGCAACAUCUGAACUCCUGCAAGAGCUAAAGAACAAGAAUAGGCUGUUUUUCUUACUCAUUUUGCAAGAGAAGUCUUUUGUUCUGAAUUUGAAUUUGAAUCAUUUGUACUUUUCUAUUCUGUGAAAUUGAGCAUAUUUCAGUAAAGUUCUAAUAAAUCUAACACAGCAAGCUGUUAUCACUUUUGAUUCAUGAUGUUUAUGUUAAGUUUUUUGGAAGGUUUUGGAAUUAGUUUUUUAUAUUUGUAUAACUGAAAAUGUGUGCACUUUUACUAGAGGUGUAAAUCUUUCACAAUGUCACAAUUCAAUUUGAUUUCUGAUUCCUUGGGUCACAAUUUGAUUAAACAUUUUCAAAACAA